UACAUUUCUGUUGGUGAUUGAUUGUGGUGUAUGGUGUAUUUAUUGUAUUGUUCUAUCUUAUAAUUAGGAAUGAUUUAAGAUUUAGCGUGUUUUAGAAUUAUAAACGUCGAGUAAUCGCUUCUAGUUUCUCAAUUACUUAUAAAUAGGAACACAAAUCGUUGUAUAUACGUUUUCUAGAAUAUGAUGUGUAGAUGGCUUCUCACCAAGAUCGUACUUUCGGAAGUUACUGCGCCGGCCUAUUCAUAAGUUUCAUAUAUAUUUUUGAAGUCUUGAUGUACUCAGCUGAAGGAAAUCUCAACUGUUAUGGCUCCUGGUAACAACGAGCGGCAUCCGAGUCACACGGGAACUAUUCCGAAGACGAAAGCACGGAAUAAUUGUAAUGUUCCGCAGGAGGCUGUGACUCCUACCAGGCGGGAUAUGGCAUCUAACUUAGUCUCGACAUCCCUUGACUGGGUCCCCGUGUCGGAAUACAACACCAGAACUAAUUACAACCAAUCAAGGAAGCAGACAAAUAAUACAUCAGACCAAGAACUUAAUGACUUAGAGAAUUCCGUAUCAUUUGAGAGUGGAUUCGGGCGGUUCGUCCCGGUGAGGCCCCAGCCGCGCGCCCUGCCGCUGAACGUGCAGAACCGCGAGAACCUGUCGCAUGAGCACCAGGACGACGCCAGCUCCAUGUCCGGACACACCCUCCACCCUUAUGCACAUCAAAUGCAGAAUGGUUUAGUUCCUCACUCCAAUCAUGCAAAUCAUGCCGCUGCAGCAGUCAUGAUCGUCAAUCCCACCACACCGAAUGCGGUCACCGCGAACAUGUCUCAACCCUUCAAUGCGCCUAAUCAAAACAGAAAGAACUUGACGAAUAAUUUGAACCCAGCCAGAAACAAUUUAGACGGGAACCACUCGGGCCACAACAACGCGGCGUCCUCCAGGCCGGGCACUAAGACCGUCAACCUGAUGAACAACAUGUACGAGCCGCAGGCUAGCAUGAACAACGUCAAUGAGAAUAACCAUGUUCACAGGGAAUCUGCCAGGGCGUUAGGGGAGGCGAUAGUGGCGGCCUGCCCCGACACCGCGGCCGUGGAGCGGCGGCUCGGCCAGAUCCGCGAGUACAUCCGCGUCACAUCCUCUCUCGUCGACACCAUGCGUAACUCUGAGGACGAGGCUUUUAUUGAGCAUACAAAAGAAGAAUAUGACGAACUGGUAGAGAUGGUAAUGAAAUUGAAAGAGAGUGAGACGAAACUAGAGAAAGUAUUAAAUGAGGAACCGGAUAACGUGGAGGUGCCUGCGGAGGAAGCAGAUGCUGCGGCGGCGAGCGAGGCGGUGGUUGACAAAGAACUGCCCACUGAAAUCAAUGAGGAUGAGCCGAGCAACGCAAGCAAACAAGACAGUACUGCUGAGUGUACCACGCUAAAGAAAGUCACUAAUCUAGAGAAUGAACAGUUGAAUAAAAGCUUACAAAGUGUCAAGAAUUCUAAUGAACAUCUAAUAUCAGCGAACGAUCUAAGCGAAAGUGCACCCGCCGCGCCGCAACCGUUGGCAGAAAACGAGCCCGAAGAAGAUACAGUGGAAAUCAAAGAAAUUGAGAGCAUUCCGUGCGAGGAAAAAACACACGACCAUCAUUUGAAUGAGGUGUUGCGUAAAAAUAUUAUUUCGUGCGUAGAAAAAGUAGCGAUCAUAGAAGAAAUGAAAAACAAAAACGGCAGUAACAUUGAAGAUCAGGACGUGGUGGUUCGACCGGUGUCGGUUCAGAGUAACGGAUCAGCUUAUAGCGAGAGUGAACUGUGGCAGAAUGAGAUAAAAAACAAAAUGGAGUUGUCUCAACGCCGUUUGACCGCUUUAAAGCAACAGCAGAAGAGACUAAUCAAGUACCAGGAGGAAGCCAAACAACAAUUGGAGGAAAUCAACCGAGAGCGACAGUCUCAAGAAGCCCUGCCGUCGACUUCCCAUGACAACUUUGGUGGCAUACAGAAUCACCCAAUGAACGGCAACUACAAUCGCAUGUACGCCGCGAAUCAGAUCGGGGUGGCCACAACACUGCCCCAUUCCAACGAGAACGUCGCGAGCCGCGCGAACAGCGAACACGGACACAACCAGGACGACAGGUUCUCGCACCGCGACGCGAACAUCGCGAGCAGCGAGGAGGCGGCGGGCGCGCACAGCGACGCGGAGGAGUCGCUGCUGACGGAGCGCGGCCGCGCGCUGCAGGCCAAGCUGCGCGAGCUGCAGCUCAAGAAGCAGCACAUGGAGAACCUCGUGUCAGAGUUCCAGAAGCUGCAGAUGGCGACGCAUCUCGGCUCCAACAACACGUACUCCAGCUCCGGAGAGGACAGCGCCGACGAGGAGCCCACAAGGAAAUGUAACAAAUCUGGAGGUAAUAUCAAAAACGAAGACCCUUUUAAGCUCAUGGAAAUCAAGGCUAUUAAAACAGCUCUCCAGAAGACUAAAGAUCUGAUGCGGUCAGUGGAAAACUACGAGUCGGACCAUUUGUCCGCGGCGCACGACGACUCCUUCCAGAUGCCUAGUCACUCUAAUAUAAACGACAAUAAAUCGGAAGGCGGCGGCAGCAUCGGCGGGUGGUCCAACGAGGGCAGCGUGUGCCGCGUGCGCAACUCCCUGCCGCAGCGGCACAAGUUCACCAACGAGCAGCACGAGCAGCAGCACCUGCAGCACUUGCAGCAGCCGCAGCACAUGCCGCACCCGCAGCAGAUGAGCCACGAGUCGAAUAUUGCGUCUUUGCAAGAGCUAGCUCAAGAACUUCGCAUGGAGACGGAGAAGAUUGUCGGCGAGAGAGCUCGCAUCAAAGACAUGCUGUCCAAUAAGGAGCCGAGCCGCAAGCAGAAGAAGGUGAACGAGCAGGCGUCCACCAGCAGCGCGUGGCACGCGGCCGGCCCCGCCGAGCGCCGCCAGCUGCAGCUGCGCGCGCUGCUCGCCGACAAGCAGCGCGAGCUCGACAAGCUGCUCAACAAGGAGAAAGUACUAUUCGGAAAUGCAGAAGCUCAAAAAAUGAUGGCGGACUCGUGUACCGGCUCCAUCAUUACUGGUAUCAACCAGUCCUACAAUAGUGAGCAAGAAGAACCUGAUUCGCGGUCGGAGCAGAUACUUUUGGACUCUCAAAACUCCAGAGACACCGACAACUUCAGGGUGUGUCCUCAGGGCGGCCUCAGCACCGCCACGCUGCCGUCGCGCCGCGCCAGCGCCUGCUGCAGCGACAGCGACAGCGCAUCGCGGACCAAAUCGAACCAGAGGAGUCGAGCUCGCCGCAGGCAAACCCAAGAUCGUCUGUCUGAAGAUAACAAUGUUCCGCAGUCGAACAACUCGAGCCAUUCAUUGAGGCACGAGCCCAGAGCGGAGCCCUCGAACAUCAACUUGGUCCCGCCUAUUUCUCAAAAUGUUGACAACCCGAUCAACAUGCCGUACCCUCACAUGCCGCCACCGUAUUGGAAUAAUACGAAUAAAACUAACCAGGAUAUGCGCACAAACCAGUUCACCCAGAACAGCCACUCGCAGACCAUGGAGCGGCUGAUGGGCACGCCGCAGAUGACCUACCCGCCCUCCAUGCCCUUCAACAUGAUGAUGCCUUAUGGCGGCAUGGUGCCGGGCUGCGGCUGCGGCUGCGGGCUGUGGGGCGCGUGGUGCUGGCAGCAGCUGCUGCAGCAGCAGCGCGAGCUGCACGCGCUCAGGGAACACCUCUCUCUUCUUGAAGAGCGCUGGCGCGCAGAGACCGCGUCCCACACGCUCAACAACCAGGUGGCUCCCGGCAACCGCGCCAACAACUACUGGGAUAACUUCAGAAGCUACUCGCGGCAGAACCUGCUGUCGGCGAACUGCAAGAGCAACGCGGACGGGCACCUGGGCGGGCCGGCGGCGGGCGCGGCGCCCGGGCCGCUGGCGUCGCGCAGCCACAACGCGCUGCGCCGCGCGCCGCCGCCGCCGCCGCGCCGCGCCGCGCCCGACGUGCUCAACCUGCACCACGCCGAGCCGCACGCCAACAACCUGCACGCCGCCGACAAGCGCAAGUCCUGCUCCAAGCUGCCCGCCAAGAACUCGCGCGCCGCGCCCGCCGCCGCCGACCCGCCCCCGCCCGACAACCCCAACCUGGCCUCCGCCCGCCGCGACGUCGCCGACAAGGCGACCUCGAAGCUCUUCGAUCUCCUCCGGGAGAACGUCUACUCCGAGGUGACGACGCUCAUCGGCGUCAACGAGUCCCACCCCGACUUCCUCAUUCAGCUGUUCAAGGAGCUGCAGCUGAUCAGCUCGGACCCGCUGCGGCAGAGGGUGCUCCGGUCCAUUCGGGGCGUCCUGGCCCAGUACGGGGCCGCGCCGGAGGGCCGGCCGGGCGAGCGGGCCCGCGAGGAGGCCGGGCCGGCCGCCGAGGCCGACCGCGCCCCCUCCGCGCGGGCCGGGGGUUCGACCGCCCCCCCCUUCGACAACAAUAUUGUUCGCUUUCUACUACUAAAAAGUGAAGAAAUAUGCACCCCCGAGCUGCUGGACUCGCUCGCGACGCACGUUCUAAACGGGGGCCUCGACGGUCGACGACCCCAGAUAUCUAAGAAGAGGCUGCUCGAGUUCCUCUCUAAAUACGAGGGUACGACCGUCUGCAGCGUAUCGAACGACAUUAUCGAGAGCCUGCCGCUGGUGAUGGCCGGCGGCGGCGGCGGGGACGGGGACGCGGGCGCGGCGCUGCAGGACGUGGCGGGCGCGCUGAACGUGUACGGCGCGAGCGAGCCCGCGCUGCACGCCUGCCCCUACGACAUGUGGCCGGCGCACGUGCACGUGGACGUGGACGCGGAGCCGGGCGAGGCGAGCCCGCGCGGCCGGGAGGACAAGGUGGACCUGCUCGACUGCUCGGAGAUGCACAACGGCGACCUGGCCGAGGCGGACCAGUCGUGCGAGGCGCGCGAGGCGGCCGACGCGCUGCCCGACGUCGUCGACACGGAGGAGGCCGCGCCCGCAGAGGCUGAUGCAGAAUGGGUCGGGCUCGAUCGCGCGCCAACAAGGCUGCAUUUGGGAGAGUCAUCUGAAAAACAGAAAGGUGAUGUUAAUAUAAUGUAAGGACGGAGCAAACACCCAAACUGCAAACUUCACAGUUCGCUUCGAGUUUGAGUGGCCCUGAAAUUAAAUAUCACAAGAUUAGAUCUUCACACUCCAUCUGAAACAGAAAGAUGAAACAAAUGGAAAUUAAUAAUAUUUCUUCUUUUUCAGAUUAAAUGUCGAGCAUCCCGUUGAAUUUCCGAUUGUGUUUUUAUCGCGUGUAACGUUAGACUUGAAUCUAUCCAUUUAUUUAAUAUUAUUUUUUUAUAAUUAUCUAUAAUUUUAGAAUAUGCAAGUAUUUUCAAAAGUAUUGAAUGUUUAGAA